AUGUCAACAACAAUUACUCAAACGACUUCAAAAAAUGAAUUAGUUAAGUGGAUAAAUGAAACAUUUAAAUUAACCAUCACUCAACUGGAAACCCUUGGUACUGGUAGCACAUUUUGUUAGAUAUUUGAAUAUUUAUAUCCCAAUUCAAUUCAAGGAAAUAAAAUUAUUUGGAAAGCCAACAAAGAGAAUGAUUAUAUAAAGAAUUUCAAGACCUUAGCAGAUGCCUUUACAAAAAACAACAUUUAAAAAUAAUUAGAUAUCUAAUAACUCUCAAAAGCUAAGUAUUAAGACAUCUUAGAUUUGGCAUAAUUUUUGAAAUCAAAAUUUGAUAAGUAAACAGAAAAAAGAGAAAAUUAUGAUCCAAUUGAAUUUAGAAAAGUAGAGGAAAGAAAAGUCUUUACUCCAACCAAUAGAAAAACUGUAUCAACUCUUAAAGAUAAAACAAAUAAUGAAAACACAACUACAUCUACUCAUUCUUUGUUAGUUAAAAGACCACUUUCAAAAACCUCCACUUGGAAAACCACAAAACCAACAUUCACUAAAACACCAGAACUUAAUUCUAUUACUGAAAUUAUCAAUAAUGCAGAAGAUGAUGAGGCAACAAAAGUUAAAAAGAUCAAGUCACUAUUCAUUUGA